AUGACUGCCUACCCCGUCUACGACGAGCAGGCCGCGCAGGCCCAGCCUCCGGCUUACACGCCCUCGCAGCGCCCCACGCCGAGCUCGACCUUCAACGCCAACACAGACCACUUCCAGGCCGGCAACGCGGGUCCCGCCCCGGCUCCGGCCAAGCAGCCCUCGGCCUUCAACCGCAAGUUCCACAGCAUCACCAGCAAGGCCGGGUGGCCGCUGAACAAGGCCGCCAACGUCAUUGGCGCCGAGGGCUGGUGGCCCACGAGCAUGGAGAAGGAGUGCAGCAAGGCGGCCCGCAUCCUCCACUCCUUUACCAGUCUCGGCGCGCCUCAGCCUCCGCGGGCCGACGGCCCCAUGCAUCCCACCGGCAUCACCAAAAAGUCCAUGGUCAAAAUCCCCGACGCGGUGCUCCGUGAGUGCGCCGGCCUCGCCAUCUUCAACGUGAUCCGCGCGGGCGCCUUCCACGGUUCCCUGGCCGCCGGCUCGGGCGUCGUCGUGGCCCGGCGCGCCGACGGCACCUGGUCGCCGCCGUCGUCCUUUGUCGUGUCGACGGUGGGCGCGGGCUUCAUGCUGGGCCUCGACGUCUACGACUGCGUGUGCGUGCUCAACACGCCGGCACAGGUCGGCGCCUUCACCAACCCGCGCGUGUCGCUCGGCGGCGAGGCGUCCAUCGCCGUCGGGCCCGUGGGCACGGGCGGCAGCGUCGACGCCGCGCUCUCCAAGACGGUGCGCCCCAUGUGGAGCUACAUGAAGAGCCGUGGGCUGUGGGCUGGCGUGCAGAUCGACGGUACUAUCAUUGUGAGCCGCGGCGACGCCAACAGCGUCUUCUACAACGAGCGCGGCAUCACCGCCAAGAAGAUCCUCCGCGGCGACGUCGCCUGGCCCGUGCAGGCCCGGCCGCUCUUCGAGGUGCUGCGCGCCAUCGAAGGUCGCCCGGACGUCGACCACACCGUCGUCCAGGAGGUCGGCCGCAUGGCCACACCCGGCGACACGGUCCUUGACGAGAAGCGAGGCGAGACGCAAGUCCAGGUUGAGCACCGUGAGCGCGAGGAUGAGACCCUUCUGGACGAGAAGGAGAGGCUGGCACGGGCGGGAUAUUAA